AUGGGGCCUUCUUCUUCUUCUUCUUCCCUCCUCGCACUCCUCUCUCUCAUCUUGCUUCUCUCCCCAUGGGUGAGAGUCUCCUCUGCCUCUGGUCACGACACCUUUCUCCAAUGUCUAACCACACACGCACAGCAUCAGUCCCCCAUUUCUGACGCCAUUUUCACCCCCGACAACUCUACCUUCUUACCAACCCUCAAUUCUUACAUCAGAAACAGCAGAUUUCUCACCCCCGCAACCCCUAAACCGCUAGUCAUUGUCGCAGCAAAGCACAAAUCUCACGUCCAAUCAACCGUCGUCUGCGCCAAACAGGCUGGCUUAGAGAUCAGAAUCCGCAGUGGGGGCCAUGAUUAUGAAGGCCUCUCUUAUAUCUCCCAUCAUCCCUUCGUCAUCCUCGACCUCUUCAACCUUCGAGCCACCACUGUCGAUAUUGCCAGUGAAACUGCCACGGUGGAAGCAGGGGCCACCAUGGGGGAGCUUUACCACGCCAUUGCUAGCAAGAGCAACGUCCAUGCCUUCCCUGGAGGGGUCUGCCCAACGCUGGGUGCUGGUGGACACAUUUCAGGAGGUGGGUAUGGGACUUUGAUGAGGAAAUUUGGGCUCUCCGUCGACAACGUUUUGGAUGCAGAGAUUGUGAAUGUUGAGGGGGAGAUCCUAAACAAACAACAAAUGGGGGAAGACUUGUUCUGGGCCAUUAGAGGAGGAGGAGGAGGGAGCUUUGGAGUCAUUCUCUCGUGGAAGAUCAAAUUAGUUAAAGUCCCAGAAACGGUGACGGUCUUUGAAGUUGAGAGACUGAUUGAAGAAGAAGCAACGGAGAUCUUCUUGCAGUGGCAGGGAGUCACAGAUAAGCUGGAUGAGAAUCUGUACAUAAGACUGAUGCUAAACUCCGCCAAUGGGAAAGAUGGGCUGAAAACAGGGAAAGUUUCAUUGGGGGCGCUGUUUCUAGGGCCAGCAAACACGCUCAUGGAGAUUAUCAAUAAGCACAUACCCAGUUUGAAAUUGCAGAAGGAGGAUUGCUCUGAAAUGAGUUGGAUUGAGUCGGCUCUGUUUUGGGCAAAUUUCCCAAAAGGGUCAACCUCAGAAGUUCUGUUGGACAGAGCGGUCCGACCCAAUACUUUUCUGAAGCGGAAAUCGGACUACGUGAGGGAACCCAUCACAGAGUCGGGGUUGGACGCGAUAUGGAAGGCGGUGAUGGAAACAGAACGAGUGGGUAUCGUGUGCAACCCAUACGGAGGCAAAAUGGGCCAGAUUUCAGAGACGGAGACGCCAUUUCCACACAGAGCUGGCGUGAAAUUCAAAAUCCAGUACUCCACCACCUGGAAGGAAGAAGGGGAAAAGGAAGCGGAUGAACGCUUAAACAUGAUUAACAAAUUGUACGAAGCAAUGACUCCUUACGUGACGAAGAACCCGAGAGAAGCGUUUCUGAAUUACAGAGACAUCGACGUGGGAAGUAGCACGCAUUGGAACGUGGGAGAAGGAAAGGUUUAUGGGGAGAGGUAUUUCAAACAGAAUUUUGAAAGAUUGGUGGACGUGAAGACCAAGGUUGAUCCCCACAAUUUCUUCAAGAAUGAACAGAGUAUCCCCACCCGCUGAUCUCCCCUGAAUCAGCGAAGAUGAUGGGUUUGGACUAUGCUUUGUUUGUUUAUAUCUGAAAAACAAUAAGUGGUUGUAGCCGUUGCUUUGAAUGAAUGGCUAUGAUACUCACGGUGCCAAUCAAUGAAAUCAAAAGCUUUCUCA